AAGUCGCAACCGGAAGCUGUAUCCGGUGCAGGGAAGCUGCUUUGACAUGAUGGCGUCGGUGAUGCUGAGGAGAGAGCAUCCUCCGCGGCAGGUCUCCCCGCAGGCGGGCCGGGCCUCUCGGUAGAGGGGAUGUUACAGAGCACCGCUCCCUCGCAGCCAUCGUCUUUAGGCCGCAGACGGCUCGCGAGGACCCGGAAGUCGGCGUCGCGCGGCCGCGGACCCCACGAGCGACGCGAUGGUGGAUCUGUCCGAGGGUGGCGCAGCGUCGCCCGGGCACGACCGACGCGCACCGGGCUCCGGUAAUAACGGGAAGAAAACGUCGAAACGGGCCCGAACGAGAAGGGGCCGACGAGGGAGGAAAAGGAGGAACAAAAAGAACAACAGGAACAACAAAACACCGCCUCCGUAUUUCCCUCCGGAGGCUGAGGAAGGAAACAUCGAGUACAAGUUGAAGCUGGUGAAUCCCACGCAGUAUCGCUUCGAGCAUCUGGCCACGCAGCUGAAGUGGCGUCUGCAGGAGGGCCGCGGCGAGGCCGUCUACCAGAUCGGCGUGGAGGACAACGGCCUGCUGGUCGGCCUGAGCGAGUCGGACAUGAAGGCCUCGCUGCGGACCCUGAAGAGGAUGGCGGAGAAAGUCGGUGCCGACAUCACUCUCCUCCGCGAGAGGGAGGUGGACUACGACCUGGACAGAAACACGCGCAAAAUCGCAGAAGUCCUGGUUCGAAAGGUUCCCGACGACCAGCAGUUCCUGGACCUGCGGGUGGCGGUUCUGGGGAACGUGGACUCGGGGAAGUCGACCCUGCUGGGCGUGCUGACGCAGGGCGAGCUGGACAACGGGCGAGGCCGAGCGAGGCUCAACCUCUUCAGACACCUGCACGAGAUCCAGACCGGACGCACCUCCAGCAUCAGCUUCGAGAUCCUCGGCUUCAACAGCAAGGGGGAGGUGGUGAACUACAGCGAGUCGCGGACCGCCGAGGAGAUCUGCGAGAGCUCCUCCAAGAUGAUCACCUUCAUCGACCUGGCCGGGCACCACAAGUACCUGAAGACCACCAUCUUCGGCCUCACCAGCUACUGCCCCGACUUCGCCAUGCUGGUGGUGAGCGCCAACACCGGCAUCGCCGGCACCACCCGGGAGCACCUGGGCCUGGCCAUGGCGCUGAAGGUUCCCAUCUUCAUCGUGGUCAGUAAAGUGGACCUCUGCUCCCGCGGCACCGUGGAGAGAACCGUCCGCCAGCUGGAGCGUCUCCUCAAGCAGCCGGGAUGCAACAAGCUGCCGAUGGGCGUGGCCAACCCGGACGACGCCGUGACGGCCGCGCAGCAGUUCACCCAGUCCGCCUGCAUCACGCCGAUCUUCACCCUGUCCAGUGUGUCUGGAGAGAGUCUGGACCUCCUGAAGAUCUUCUUAAACAUCCUUCCUCCACUGAGCAACAGCAAGGAGCAGGAGGAGCUGAUGCAGCAGCUCACCGAGUUCCAGGUGGAUGAGAUCUACUCCGUUCCUGAUGUUGGGACUGUGGUGGGAGGAACUCUGUACAGCGGAGUGUGCAGGGAGGGCGAGCGGCUGGUGGUCGGUCCCACCGACGAGGGCCGCUUCCUGCGUCUGAAGGUGGGCAGCAUCCAGAGGAACCGCUCGGCCUGCAGGGUGCUGAGGGCGGGGCAGGCGGCCUCGCUGGCCCUGGGGAACUUCGACCGCUCGCUGCUGCGCAAGGGGAUGGUGAUGGUCAGUCCCAAGAUGAACCCCACCAUCUGCUGUCAGUUUGAAGCCGCCAUCGUCCUGCUCUUCCACGCCAAGACCUUCCGCCGGGGGUCACAGGUCACCGUGCACGUGGGCAACGUCAGGCAGACGGCCACGGUGGAGUGUCUCCACGGGAAGGACGAGCUGCGUACCGGCGAGAGAGCCGUGGUCCGCUUCUGCUUCAUCAAGCACCCGGAGUACCUGCGACUGGGCGCCAAGCUGCUCUUCAGGGAGGGCGUGACCAAAGGCAUCGGCCACGUCACCGGCCUGCUGCCCGCCUCCCAGAACCACGACCAGAACCAGAACCACGACCAGAACCUGCCGGAGCAUCAGAGGCCGCCCCCCGACAGGUGUGGAGCUCCGUGAGAGCUGUGGGGCGCCGCCGAUGCGUCUGCUCCUUCCCUACCGCCGCUUUUUAGUUCUCGCCGUGGUGGAUCCGUGCUGCUGAGCGUCCAUCAUCAUCAUCGUCCUCAUCAUCGUCGCUAUCGUCCUCUCAGCAGAUGUUCUUGUGUUGAGUUUAAUCCGACUGAGCUCCGCAGACUUAAUGUGACGUGACCUCACGUCUGUCACGAGGAGGAUUAUAAGAGACGUCACGCUGGAGCAAACAUCUCAGACCCAACUUUGAACCUGAAGGGGGGGGG